CCUGGCAGCUGCUCCGGUUCUUGUUGUAUCAGCGCAAUCUCAGAAGUGAGCAGGAAUGUGGAGACUCGCAGCGCCCUGUUAAAACUCCCUCUGCCUCAUGCCCGCUUGGAGCGCCUUUCUUUUCUUCUUUCUUUUCUUUCUUUUUUAUUUUUUUAAAUACAUAAGCUGGAAGGUAACAGUGGGCAGAAUCAUCACACAGACGGGCUGAGCUGGAGUCUGUGCUGUUACUGGAUUGCUCAACGCUUGUGUCACCAGGAGGCUGGACUGGUCGGGCGGAGUGUUUGAGCUCAACAUCAGUGGAGCGCACUCACUCUCAACCUCUGCGAGUGAGGCGGUCUCUUUUUUCCCUCUCUCUCUCUCUCUCUCUCCCUCUCUUUGUCUGUCUGUCUUUUCCCUUCUUUCUCUGUCGGAGCUUUUCAGGAUUGGAUUUUUUUCCCCCUCUCUCCCUCCUCACUGAAAGUACCUCUGAAGCGGCACGCAGAGCAGGACGUUGGAUUUACUGGUCUGGUCUGAGAAGUCUCCGACGGGAAGAAAUGGAGCGCACAGUUGACGUAUUCUGCUAGGACGCAUCUUGGAACAAGUGGACUCCCUCUUCUCUUUCUGAUUCUCAAUUUUGUCCUAAAUGGUGAAUCGGCCCUUCAGGAUGAACUUGCAGUGCAGCAGCCCGGUGGCUCCCUGCAUCCGCAGAGUCGCCCACAAGCGCCUGGACUCGGAUGACCAGCCACCGGCGAAAUGCGCGAGGCUGAGCGCCGAUUCGGGGGACCCGCAGGGACUCUUCGGCACGUCCCCCAGCUCCCCGGUCAGCCCCGCAGCCAACCCGGUCCCCGCCACCCACCAGGGACCGUCCAGGAUAGGAGCGUUCCUGCUGCUGCCCCUGGCGGACCGGGAGAGCCUCCACGGCGCGAUGAACACCGACACCGGCGAUGAGCUGCUGUGCAAGGUGUUCGACAUGGGGGUGUACCAGGAGAAGAUCAGAGCCUACGGCGUUCUGCCGCCUCACAGGAACGUGGCUGGCAUCAGGGACAUCAUCCUGGGGGAGCGCAAGGCCUACGUCUUCCUGGACAAGGACUUUGGGGACAUGCACACCCUCGUGAAGAGCUGCAGGCGCCUGGACGAGGAGCAGGCCCGCAGACUGUUCCGUCAGGUGGUCCUGGCCGUGGCACACUGCCACCAGGCGGGCAUCGUGCUCGGCGACCUCAAGCUGCGCAAGUUUGUCUUUGCGGAUGAGAAAAGGACACACGUGAGACUAGAGAGCCUCGAGGACUGCCGCAUCCUGGAGGAUCCCAACAGAGACUCUAUGUCAGACACCCACGGGUGCCCUGCCUACGUCAGCCCUGAGAUCCUCAGCGGCUCAACGCCGUACUCCGGCAGGAUGGCUGACAUGUGGAGCCUGGGGGUCAUGCUGUACACCAUGUUGGUGGGUCGCUACCCGUUCCACGACCCGGACCCGGCCACUCUGUUUUCCAAAAUCCGCAGGGGCCACUGCUGCUUGCCAGAAGGCUUGUCGCCAAAGGCCAAGUGUUUGCUCCAGAGCCUGCUGAGGAAAGAGCCUUCAGAGAGACUAACGGCGGCCGAGCUGCUUGCUCAUCCGUGGUUCCACUUGCCGCCGUCGCCCCAGGAUGUAGCGUCGGGUGAGCAGGAGGUGAACUCGGCGGAACAGACAGUGCCAUCCUUUGAAGUGGAGGAGAACGACGACCUGUUCUGCUGACAGACGCGGCUGAGAGCCUGACUAAGAGACCAAAACAGAUCUCUUAGGGGAGUCGCCAUCGUUGUCGUUUUUGUACAUUGGCACUUUUUAGAAACCUGUUUGUGUACUGGUACGUGUACAUACAACCUCAAGCUUUCUACAGAAACUCACUGUACUGUAUUCCCAUGUCUUGUAUGUGUUACUUUGCUAAGGGCAUUGCUUACAAUGGUCAUUCAUUGUGCAGUUGUGCAUUUUAAAACAAUAGUUGGUGCUAAAAGAAAUCACAAUGAUUCAGAAUUUGUCAGAUCGUUUUUAAAAGAAUAUUCUCUGCAGGCUUCUGUGAGUGUAUCACAUGAAUUUUAAACCUCUCUCUCUCUCGCAUUCAUGCACCUUCACAAAGCAUUAGCUGAAUCUUAACUGCGAUGGCCAGGGCUGUUGUUCCUCUCACUCUCUGGCCAGGCUGCGGCUGACUCAAUAGCUGACUCGAGGACGGUUUGAGCUCCAGCCCGACGUCCUCGAGCAGACAGUGACACAAAGUAGGAAAGAUGGUUUAGCAAGGGACUCGUGUGUCACACUCAGCGUGACACUACGGAGGUGUCUCACUGCCAAUCUGGCGAUGUCUGAGCGAGCGGAGAUCAUUUACAAAUCUCACACCAUGUGCAGAAGGUUGAGAAAGGCAGGAUGUUGCUGGUGUAAGACUUGUCACGCUCAGUCAGCAAAUAAUAGUGACACCAGUUCUGAAAGAAGUUCUUGUAAAUAGCCGAUAGAGUGGAGGUUUUAUCUUGUUUGUGGUCAUAU